UUGUGUAAAUAAAAUACAUGACCAUCAGUCAUCAGUCGUUAUUUAUACUAAAUAGUAAAAUAAAAGGACGUGUUGUUUGUAAUCUUUUAGGCUUCAGACGUUUAAUUCCUUUAAAAAACAUAACCAUGGGAUUUUGCACAGCUUCUGCUAAGUUAUUUCUGACUGUGCUUGGCCUCUUUUUUACAUUUGCAGCUGGCUGUUUGAUGUAUGUUGGUGUCAUCAUAUUCUCAGAUUACAAAGAAUAUGAUAAAGUCUAUGCAGAUUACUACAUUUGGGUGCCUGGGGCUACCAUCAUCGUUGCCAGUGUUUUCAUGUUUAUACUUGGCAUAAUCGCUUGUUGCGCCGCCUGCAAAGAGAACAAGUGUCUACUAGCCUGUUUCUUCACAAUCUUGCUUUUGAUAGUAAUGAUGGAAUUGACCUGUGGUAUUGUUGCAAUUGUUUACAAAGGAGAGUUAAAUGAUGCAGUAUCUUCUGGUAUGAAGGAGGCAUUCUCCAAAUAUGGGACAGAUGAUAAUGGGGAUAUUACAAGAAGUGUUGAUACCAUUCAAGAAACUCUGCAAUGCUGUGGAGUUAAUAAUAGCACUGAAUGGGGUACAACCCAAUGGGGCUCUGAUAACCCAGGCCAGGUGCCUAAAAGCUGCUGUAAGACAAAUGCAAACAACUGCACAGGGUCAUCCUCUGAUAUUUCAAAGAACAAAACAAACACAGAGGGCUGCUACAGCAAAGUGGAUGAGCAAUUAAAAGCAAACCUAAAGAAGAUAAUUGGAGUAUCUCUUGGACUCUUGGCCUUUCAGAUCAUUGGUCUCAUCUUCUCAUGUGUGUUGUUCUGUAAUAAGAAGAAAGUGGCUUAUACACAAUUGGAUGACGAAGGUACUGUCACACAUGGAUACAGAGCUUAAUCUUGAAAAAUAUUCAUCAAGAACCUCCAUCGCAGUUAUUAUGAACCACCAUCGUUGGGAGUUGAGAGAUUCUUUAUUUUGAUUAUAAAAUGCCAUCUGUGUUUCUAGCUGCACUUUUUUUAAAACAUUGUGUCACUAAGUUAAAGAUUUGUGCCGCAUAAUUGAUCUUUUUUUUCUGACAAAACUUAGCAGUCUGUAGCCUUUUUAAUGCUAAGUAAGUAACUAAGAUGCAAAUAGAACAAAAAGUGGUGUAUAAUGGUGGAGGUUGAUUACACUUUACAUUCUUAAGCCGGGCAGUCACUGCACCUGAGGGUACUCGGCCGACGCAAUUUUAUGGAGAAUGAAAGGCCACAACACGUGCGCAACGGAUCGUUUUUUUAUGUUGAUUCGUUCGGACAACUACCAAAAAUUAGCAGACGGCAUCUAGUGCCCAAAGGUAACGGAGUUGGAUGCAUCGGCCUUAUGACCGUUGUAAGGUGCAGUGAGUUCUUGGAAUUAAUCCUCUUAUUUUAAAUUUAUUUGAUGUUUUGGUUAUUGUAGUUCAUUGCUUAUUAUAUCUGGGUUUUCCCAUAUGCCUAUAGCAAUACAUAUGUACAUUCAUAUACACACACGUAUCACUGACAUUUCUAGAUAUUAGCGGAGUUUUGAGUUUAUGUUUAUGAGUUUAUAGACAUCUUGUCUUUAAUGUUUAACUUCAAAUGUGUAAGAAAGGAAAGACUGAUCCAAAAAGGGCAUCUGCUAUAAACAUUGUAGCCUAAAAUAGAUAAUUCCCUAAAUUUACUAUGAUUUAAAUGCCAGAGAACAACAAAAUAACAAGACUAAAAUGCUGCUGUGUUUUACAAAUAGAAAAUGUACACAGGAAUUUGAGAAGGUAGUUUGAAAAAGUCAUGUAUUGGUCAGUAUAAAAAAAAAUUCAGGCUGACCAACUGACCCGUCCUGAUUUCCGAAUUUAUGUAUUCGUGGUGCGUCCUAUACAAAUACUGUACUUUUGAAGAAACCACUAAACAAAGGCUUGGGUUUCUCCACCAUCAAACUAUUUGAAAAAAAAUGUUUCUGUUUUGUUUAUUGGUUGUAGGUUCAAUUAACCUUAGUGGUACUCUGUCUACCUUGUGUUGUGGUAGCUCAUUUUAUAGAGGGACGGAGUCAGGAACGGCAUUUUAUAAUAACUCGCAUAAAGCUACAUUUACACUAGACACAAUAACAACACGACGACAUGACAACGACAUAACAGACAGAACAGAAAUGAAUCAGUGUUAAAGAAUAUACAACGCGAUGAUCAUGUCGUUGUGUCGUUAUUGCGUCUAGUGUAAAUUUACCUUAAACAAGACUUUUUUAUACUUUGUUUCGUGAACUUAUUUUUUUUUAAAUCGUCAUAGGUGGGCAAAAAAAAAUAAAAGUUUGUUUUCUUAUUUAGCAAAAUAGUUUUGCCAAAAACAUCUAGACGAAGAAGAAAAUAAAAAUAAAAUGUUGUUGUUGAUUGUAAACAGUUUAGUAAUGGGAUGAUUAGAAUGCUCUAAUUUAUAUCAUUUGGAAGAAAUAUACAUACCUUAUUUUUGGAGAUUUCAAGGCGGCGAGAGGCGUAAUUAAAAUAAAGGGGAAAAAAAAUCUUUUUUUCCCCCUUAAAUUCCCAUUCUUUUCAUGGCGGAGGGUCCGCCAAUUGGCCAAAAAUAAAAUUUUAUUUUUAUUCAAAAAUCAUUGAUAGGCAGCGGAUUCGCUAAACAAGGUAUAAAAAGAGUCUUGCCUAAAUAGAACGAAACUACAAGAAUUUAAAUUUGUAAUAUCUGGCUAACAUUAAAAAUUCAAAGCAUCCAGUUAAAGUAGGCCUAAGUUAUAUGCUGAUAAUACUGUAUAUUACUGUAGAAGCAUUCCAGUGUAGAGUCAUCUGAUAUCAAUUUGUGUAUUCCAUUUAUUUAAUAACUUUUAUAUUGUCAUCUGAAAAGUUGUAGUGCAUGAGCGGAAAGGUCUGUGGUUUGAUGAAAACUGUUUGCAAGUUACUAUUGUUAAUAUAUUAGCUGGUUGAUCUAACAAAUUAUUCCUAUAAUCAAAAUAUUUAAUCUGUAGCAAAUUAGAAGUAAACAAGUUUCUUGGUGUUUAUAUUAUAUAUUAACAGAGAAUGGAACACUUACUUUUGUAACUUUUUGAAUGAAAAUUAAUUGCUGUUAUAUUUUUUGUUGUGUAGAUCACAGAUUUAGUUGUCAAUUUAUCGUAUUUUUCAAGUUUUGUUUGUUCCAUUGUAUGUCAUGCAAAUGCAAUAUUCAAUAUUAAAUCAUAGUUUGUGUAUUA